GGAGGCACCAGGAGGAGGAGGAGGCCCCGUCGAGGCACCCAGGUCCCUAGCUGUCUGCACCUCCGGCUUUGAAUUCGCUUCUGACCCCCUCCUCCAAGGAAAGGGAGGGGCGAGAGGAGGGAGGGAGGCGCCGCCUGAAAGUUGCGGCAAGUUUGUUGCGAAGUCUGCGGCGGAAGCAGAGGAAGAUCGCGGAGUCGCAUCGCCCUCGACGGCUUCCCUGAGAGUAGUAAAGAAUCUUGCUCUCUCUCGCUCUCUUUCUGGCGGAUCUGGUGCCUGGGUCAAGGCUGCUCCCGGCUGGGAAAAGAGGGAGCCAAGGGAGCCCCUGUCAAAGAGGGCUUGGCCCGACGGCGAGGAUGGCGGGCGAGGAAGAGCUGGCCCCGGAGGGGGAAAGUUGAUCCGCUCCGACAGAGAGGAGGAGGAGGAGGACCAGGGCAGCUCCUUCCUCGACGGCUCGGAGCGACUCCGGAGUCUCCUAGUGUUCGGGUUUGGGGCGUCGGGGCGGACUUUCUUGGCCUCGGAGGGAGGCUGGAGGGCUGGGGCCGGCUUCCUCGAUGUGGAGACUCCAGAGCUGAGCAGCGGAGCCCUUCCCUCGAAGUGAGUCGGGGAGGAGAAGCGGGGCUGAAGAAGGGCCCCCUAUCCAUCCAUCCAUCAAUCCUUCCUUCCGAGGGAAGGGUCUGUUUCCAGGCAGGAUCGGGCUCGGGGUCCGGAGCGGAGCUGCCACCAUUGAGUUCCUGAGGGUGGCCCGCAGCGAGGGCCUGGGCGCCGCCUCCGUGGCUGCCUCCGUGGUGGCGGCGGCCGGGAUGGCGAAGCCCGUGGACCACGUCAAGCGCCCGAUGAACGCCUUCAUGGUGUGGUCGCGGGCCCAGCGCCGGAAGAUGGCCCAGGAGAACCCCAAGAUGCACAACUCGGAGAUCUCCAAGCGCCUGGGAGCCGAGUGGAAGCUGCUGUCGGAGGCCGAGAAGCGGCCCUUCAUCGACGAGGCCAAGCGGCUGCGGGCCAUGCACAUGAAGGAGCACCCCGACUACAAGUACCGGCCCCGACGGAAGCCCAAGACGCUGCUCAAGAAGGACAAGUUCGCCUUCCCCGUCGUCCCUUACGCCCUGGGGCCCGACCCGGCCUCCGACGCCCACCACCACCACCACCAUCCCCACCACCACCAUCCCCACCACCACCACCAUCAUCCCCUGGGACCCGUCCACCACCCGGCCCUCAAAGCCGGCGCCCUCCACGGCCACGAGGCCCUCCUCGCCAACCCGGAGAAGGCCGCCGCUGCAGCCGCCGCCGCCGCCGCCCGAGUCUUCUUCCCCCCGACGGCCGCCGCCGCCGCUGCAGCCGCUGCAGCCGCCGCCGCGGGCAGCCCUUACUCCUUACUGGACCUGGGCUCCAAGAUGGCAGCGGAGAUCUCCUCCUCGUCCUCCUCCUCCACCUCCAGCUCUUCCUCGACGGCCUCCUCGGGCCUCCAUUACGGCUCCUCCUCGCUGGCGGCGGCUUACCCGACGGCCGGAGGGGCCUUCCACGCGGCGGCGGUGGCUGCGGCGGCGGCGGCGGCCUCGGGCUCCCCGACCCACUCGCACCCUUCGCCGGGGAACCCGGGCUACAUGAUCCCCUGCAACUGCAGCGCCUGGCCCAGCCCCGGCCUCCAGCCCCCGCUGGCCUACAUCCUGCUGCCCGGCAUGGGCAAGCCCCAGAUGGACCCCUACCCCGCCGCGGCCUAUGCGGCGGCGGCAGCUGCAGCGGCCCUAUGACCCCCAGCCCCGGACUGGCCAGGACUGGAGCCCCUUCCCUCGGGGGACUGGGCUCCUGCAUGGGGCCCCGACGGGAGCCACGCCGCCGCC